GGGCUGUGAGGGAGUGACAGAGCGGUGAUGAGAGCUUCAGCAUUGCCACCAGUGCAGGAGCACCUCGUCUCCUUGGGCAGAGCUGCUUCCUCCUCACGGCACCGCUGCAGCCCACGGCCCUGCGCCCACCAUCUCAUGCUCUGAGCUCAGAGCUUGCAUGUGGCACCCCCAGCUCUGCACCUUGCACCCUGCGGACCCCCAUCCUCACCGUGGCACAGCCCAGCAGUCCCUCUGCCCGGCACCCUGCACCUCAUGCACCUUGCACCCAUGCACCUUUCAUCCCUUGUGCCCUACAUCCUUCAUUCCAUAAACACUGCACCUUUCAUCCUAUGCAUACUUCAUCCCUUGCACCCUCAAGUCUGCAUCCAUGCACCCUACACCCUUCAUUCCCCACACACUACACCCUACACCCCAUGCACCCUUCAUUCCAUUCACCCUACUUCUCAUGCACCCUUCUUCCAAUGCACUCUACACCCUCCAUCCCAUGCACCCUCCAUCCAAUGCACUACACCCUACAUCCCACGUACCCUUAUUCCCUUGCACCCUUCAUCCCUCAUACCCUACACCCUCCUUCCCAUGCACCCUUCAUCCAAUGCACCCUACACCCUCCAUCCCAUGCACUCUUCAUCCAGUACUCUACACCCUACAUCCUAUUUAUCCUUUUUCCUACCCUUCAUCCCUCAUACCCUACACCCUCCAUCCUGUGCACCCUCCAUCCAAUGCACUACACCCUACAUCCCACGUAUCCUUAUUCCCGUGCACCCUUCAUCCCUCGUACCCUACACCCUCCAUCCCGUACGCCCUCCAUCCAAUGCACUACACCCUACAUCCUUCACCCCGCCUCCCGCCGCCGGUUCAGCACCGCGGACAGCGCCUCGCCGGUCCCGGUGUCGGUCCCGGUGUCGGUCCCGGUGCUCUGAGGGCACUGAGCCCAACACACACCGACAGAUGCCGGGGGAACUCUCCCUUCCCCUGUGCUCCGAGCACCAAAGCGAGCAGGGAGGAGAACUGGGACCAACAGGAGCCGUGGAGGAAAAGCACAAGAACCGAACCGCAACGUCCGCUCAUAAACCCAAAGAGAUGCCGACCUCUCACCAGGAAGCAAGCCCUCAGACCCCCACACCGGACCAGCCCACCCCCCCAUUUUGCAAAGCGAGACAACCGCCACCCCUCUCAGCACUCCGGCUGCUACCCCCGGUGGGGUGAGCACCCCCCGACGCCCUCCGCCCCCACCCACCACCUCCUUUGGCACAGCCUCAGUUUCCCCCCCUCUGCGAACCUCUUGCACUGCCUGCAAGGAAACGUCCUAAAAACGCCAGACAAAAAAAAAACCAACAACAACACACGAUGUCCUCUCUGCAAACCCACAGACUGAAGCGUUUCUGUCCAGACUGAAGGAGGCUUCCGCACGGGUUUGCACCUUGCCUCUGUACUGCUCGCUUCUUUUUUUAACGAUAGGGGAAAGCAUAAUAGUUUAUUUUAACUAUGAAAUAUAUUGCUAUAUUACAAAGGUUAUUGUAACUUUCAAUUAUGGUUUUGUACCCGACCAGUUGUCGGCAGGCAGAGACGCCCUCCUGCUGCCAAUGUCUGUUUCUGAGUACAGUCACUGCGGGGCCGGGGCUGGCGGGAGCUCCCUGCCCCCCCCCUCCCCCCAGCACAACCCCCUUCCCGAUCCCUUCCACCCCAAGGCGUUAAUCCCCACUGGGAUCCUAAAUUUGUGUAGCACCGGGGCUUUGCUUUGCGCUUUUCUCGGCCUCCUGAAAGCCAUUCCCUUCUCCUGGCCCCAUUCGCCCCACGGGGUGGAGGCUUUGGGGACGGAGCAGUGCAGGGCGCAUCGCUUCUCCCUCCCCUGUUGGACCUCAGCAACCCAACCGCUCCGAGUUCAGGGAUCACCCAUCCAUCCUCCUCCAAGGGGCAGGAGGGCUGCGGGGUCCCACUCUCUUCUUCCUCUCAGGUCAACGCGUCCCCAGCACGGGGAUGAUGGGGUGAGGGCAUCCCCGCGUCCCCACUGGUGGCACCGCAGGUAAGGAUUUGGCACAGGGAGGCCAUGGGGUGCCCGGAGGUUUUGCUCCCUUCCAUCUCAGGCUGUGGUUGUGUAGGAUGGAGGUGCAGCCCCGAAUUUAGGAGAGGGACGUGGUGAGGUUGCAUGGAUUGUCCCAGCUCAGCCUUCCCGCUCUCAGUGUGCACUCGGGGGGCAUCUCAGCAUCGUGUGCAGGACGAGGUCUGUAGGGAAAUAGUCUUAAAGCUCCCUGUGCAGCCCUGCUCUGCGCUCCUGGCUGCUUCCUUCCAUGUGGAGCCGCAGCCAGGGUUGGGCAUGGCACCCGGGACCAAUUCCUGCUGCCUUCCUCCAGCACAGCAAAAUCCCCUACGCAGCUCCUCUAUCUCCCCCCAUCCCCACAGCGCUGUCACUGUUAUCAGUUAUCACUAUCAGAGCCCGUUAACUCACCCAGAGCUGCAGGUCCUUGCAGCAGCUGAGAGCUCGGAGGGCUCCUUGGAGGGGUGAAGCCCCCCCAGCAGCUCCAGCUGCCCCUCGUUGGGCCCAGCUGGGGGGGGGGGGGUUCCUGGGAUUUAUAGCCAGGCUGGAGGAGAAGGGCUGGCUCCUUUCCUUGUGAGUGGUGGUGAAGGCAUUACUGAUCCCUCCUGUUGGGGCUGGGAUCUGUAGGGUGCUCGGGCCCUUGUGCUCCUCCCAUCCUCAGCCAUCUCACAGCCCUGUGAUCCCCAGGUAGGUGAGCUGGGGUAUCUCUUUUGGGGGGGGGGGAUGCUGCUGCUGGGGGGCUCUGCUCUGCUUCCUGCCCCAUCUUCUCCCCGCUUGGCUCCCCAAGGGCUGUAGGGAGGAUUUAAUGGGGGGAAAGCCCUACUGCUUGGGGGCUUCUUGAUGAACAUCUCACAGAUGAGCCCCAUCUGUGCCCCAUUCCCUGAGCAAAGAGCAGGUCUGCAGCCCGCAGGACGCACUCUUCUCCACCUCCUAUUCAAAGCAUCCCCCCCCCCUGCACUGCACAACCCAACACGGCCCUACAGAGCUGCUUGGGGCUGCGGUGAGGAUCCGGCCCCACACUCGUGUCCCUCCUCCCGAUCUGCGCAUGGCCCUGAAGUGGGGAAGGGAACGGGCCCUGCCCGUCCCAGCAGCAUUGCCAUAAACCGAGCUGUACCCAGAAACAGGCGCGUUUUAAACUAUGGCUUUAACCUGUUCACUGUAAAAAGUGCCUUGGACUUUAAUCUGAAGAGGUCAGUAUCUAUAAAUAUUUACCUGUGCGGGUGUGUAAGUAUGCAGAUCUCGAUGUAUAGUUACACACACAAAUAUAUGACAUAUACGUACCUAUAUAAACGCUUCAGACCCCUCU